ACUGCCGAAACGAGAGAGAGAUGGCGGCAGGAGGAGGAGGAGGGUGGCGAGAGCGCCGUCGCGAGCACUAGCCUUCCGUGGCUCGGCCUCCUCCAAAGGGUCCUCCGCGAAGAAGGUGAAGCUGUGGGCAUGAACAGCGGCGGCGGCGGCGUCUCCGUCUCCGCUUCCCUCGUCCUUCGUCCCUCGGGGGCACCCCUUCGCUGAUGCCUCGGGCUGCAGCCCAUCUGGCCGCGCCUGCCGCCUAAGGAAGGAAGGAAGGAAGGGAGGAGGAGGACGGCGCCAUGUAUUUCCUGAGCGGCUGGCCCAAGAGGCUGCUGGGCCCCCCGGAGGCCCUGGAGCCCCCGCUCCGCAUCCAGGCCGACCCGCGCAGGACUUGGUUCGCAGUGCUCUCCCGCUCCCAGCUCGGCCUCUGGCACAACCGGCCUAGUGUGUUAAUUGUAAGCUACAAAGAAUCACAAAAAGCAGUAUCACAAUUUGGGCAUUAUGACCAAGCUGAAUGGAGGCCUGACAGCACCAUGAUAGCUGUUUCGACCGCAAAUGGAUACAUCUUGUUUUUUAAUCUUCCAUCUUCAAGAGACAAGUACCUUUAUGAGCCAGUUUAUCCCAAAGGAAGCCCCCAUAUGAAGGGAACGCCACACUAUAAGGAAGAACAGUGUGCUCCUUUAUUGAAUCUAGAGAAGAAGCAAGUAUUGGAUUUGCAAGCAUCUAUAACCAGUUUACAGUCCAUGGUGGAGGAUCUCCUUGUUGCUACUGCUGAUGGUCUUCUCCAUCUUAUUCAUUGGGAUGGAAUGACAAAUGGAAGAAAAGCCAUAAACCUCUGUACAGUACCAUUUUCUGUGGAUCUUCAUUCUUCUAGAGGUUCAUUUUUAGGAUUUGAAGAUGUGCACAUUAGAGACAUGGAAUACUGUGCUACUCUUGAUGGGUUUGCUGUUGUAUUUAAUGAUGGAAGAGUUGGUUUUAUUACACCAAUGUCAAGUGGUUUCACAGCAGAGCAGCUCCAUGGUGUUUGGGCACAAGAUGUUUUGGAUGGAACCUGUGUGGCUGUAAACAAUAAAUACAGAUUAAUGGCAUUUGGAUGUGCAAAUGGUUCAGUGCAAGUUUAUACAAUAGAUAGUUCUACAGGCGCCAUGCAGCUGUCUCAUAAACUGGAGCUAACACCCAAACAGUAUCCUGAUAUUUGGAACAAAACAGGAGCUGUUAAACUUAUCAGAUGGUCUCCUGAUAACUGCGUUGUUAUGGUGACCUGGGAGUGUGGAGGUCUUUCCUUAUGGAGUGUAUUUGGUGCUCAGCUUAUCUGUACUCUAGGAGGAGACUUCGCUCAUCAAUCUGAUGGUACCAAAAAAGACCCUCUAAAGAUCAGCUCUAUGAGUUGGGGAUCAGAAGGUUAUCAUUUAUGGGUAAUUGAUGCGAAUAGCUCUGCCAAUUCAGUAACAAAGAGCAAGUGUAAAAAUGAGUAUCAGCGGUGUGGUAUUUUGCAGUUUCAAUUCAUCAAAAGUGCACUCGCAGUUAAUCCUUGCAUUAGCAACCAGGAACAGGUCCUCCUUCAGGGAGAAGAUCGCUUGUACUUGAACUGUGGAGAUGCUAUACAGGCUCAGAAUCCCAGAUGUUCCUCAGCACACUCUGAACAUAAGGCUCUCAGAGGCCAAUUUUCAGAUGGAAGCAUAGAUUCUCAGGGUUUAAGCACUUUAUUAGGGCACAGACAUUGGCAUGUUGUACAGAUUCACAGUACCUACUUAGAAAUUAAUUGGCCUAUAAGGUUUUCAGCCAUCGAUAAGAUGGGGCAGAAUGUAGCCGUAGUUGGCAAGUUUGGUUUUGCACAUUAUUCUUUGCUUUCCAAAAAGUGGAAGCUGUUUGGCAACAUUACCCAGGAACAAAAUAUGACGGUGACUGGUGGCUUAGCAUGGUGGAAUGAUUUCAUUGUUAUUGCAUGUUAUAACUUAAAUGAUCGCCAAGAAGAGCUAAGAAUAUAUUUGCGAACAGCCAAUCUGGACAAUGCAUUUGCUCAUAUCACCAAAGUGCAGGUGGAAACAUUAUUACUCAGCGUCUUUAGGGACAUAGUAAUUUUGUUUAGAGCUGACUGUUCUAUUUGCCUUUAUAGUAUUACAAGAAAAUCUGAUGGUCCUAACCCUACUACCAGUAUUCAGGUUCUUCAGGAGGUAUCCAUGUCGCGUUAUAUUCCUCAUCCUUUCCUUGUUGUUUCUGUUACUUUGACCUCUGUGAGAACAGAGACAGGCAUCAGCUUGAAAAUGCCACAGCAGGCAUGUGAAGCAGAGAGCAUUAUGCUAAACUUAGCAGGACAGUUAAUUAUGGUACAAAGGGAUCGUUCUGGACCACAGAUACGAGAAAAGGAAAGUAGUCCUAACCAAAGGAAACUUCUGCCAUUUUGUGCUCCAGUUGUUCUUGCCCAGUCAGUUGAAAAUGUUUGGACUACAUGCCGUUCUAAUAAACAGAAGCGACACUUACUAGAGGCUCUGUGGCUCAGCUGUGGUGGAUCAGGUAUGAAAGUCUGGCUUCCUUUGUUCCCCAGGGACCACCGCAAACCACAUUCCUUUCUCUCAAGACGGAUCAUGCUGCCUUUCCACAUUAACAUUUACCCAUUGGCUGUUCUGUUUGAAGAUGCCUUGGUUCUUGGUGCUGUCAAUGACACUGUGCCCUAUGACUGUUUAUAUGCUAAUGGCAGCACCAUGGAACACUUAGAAUUCCUCUUCCCUUUCUGUAUUGUUGAGAGAACAUCUCAGAUCUACCUCCAUCACAUUUUGCGCCAGCUUUUGGUGAGGAAUCUAGGCGAACAAGCCCUACUUUUGGCUCACUCCUGUGCCACGUUACCAUAUUUUCCUCAUGUGCUAGAACUGAUGCUUCAUGAAGUGCUGGAAGAAGAAGCUACCUCGCGGGAUCCCAUUCCCGACCCUCUACUUCCCACUGUGGCUAAAUUCAUUACAGAGUUCCCCCUCUUCCUGCAGACAGUUGUUCAUUGUGCUAGGAAGACUGAAUAUGCCCUGUGGAAUUAUCUCUUUGCUGCUGUUGGAAAUCCAAAAGACUUGUUUGAAGAGUGUUUAAUGGCCCAGGAUUUAGACACAGCUGCUUCUUACCUUAUCAUUCUGCAGAACAUGGAGGUUCCAGCAGUUAGCAGGCAGCAUGCAACUUUGCUAUUCAACACUGCUUUGGAGCAAGGGAAGUGGGAUCUUUGUCGGCACAUGAUCAGAUUUCUGAAAGCCAUUGGCUCUGGAGAAUCAGAGACACCUCCUCCUACACCAACUACUCAGGAACCUAGUUCAAGUGGUGGCUUUGAAUUCUUUAGACAUCGCAGCAUUAGUUUGUCCCAGUCAGGAGACGGUAUUCCAGCAGGCAAAUUUAACUUGCAAAAAACAUUGAGCAUGCCGUCUGGUCCAUCUGGCAAAAGGUGGAGUAAGGAAAGUGACUGUGCUGAGCAUAUGUACAUUGAUAUGAUGCUCUGGAGACAUGCUCGGCGUCUGUUAGAAGAAAUCAGGCUUAAAGACCUUGGUUGCUUUGCUGCGCAGCUGGGCUUUGAGUUGAUAGGCUGGUUGUGUAAGGAGCGCACCAGAGCUGCCCGGGUAGAUGAUUUUGUAAUUGCUUUGAAGAAACUGCACAAUGACUUCCUCUGGCCAUUUCCAAUUAUUCCAGUUUGCUCCAUAAAUUCACCUCUCAAAAAUGGAAAGUAUAGAACAGUAAUAGGUGAGCAGCUUUUGAAAUCACAAUCUGCUGACAGCUUUUUGAACAUGGAAAUGACUACAGGCAUUGCAGAUGUGCCAAGAAGUCAUAGCUGGCUUGGUUCCAUUAGUUCUUCCCAAAGAGAGAUGGAUGCAGCAUCAUCCCAUGGACCUCACAUGCAAGAAGCAUUCCUCUCACCUUUGUUAAAUAAAGGUGAUGAAUGCAGUAUUGGUUCAGCCACAGACUUGACAGAAACAAGUUCUAUAGUGGAUGGAGACUGGACUAUGGUGGAUGAAAAUUUCUCCACAUUGAGUUUAACACAAUCAGAGUUGGAACAUAUCUCCUUGGAGCUGGCCAGUAAAGGGCCACAUAAAUCACAGGUUCAGCUGCGGUAUUUGCUUCAUAUUUUUAUGGAAGCAGGAUGUCUGGAUUGGUGCAUUAUUAUAGGCCUUAUUCUCCGAGAAUCAUCAGUGAUCAGCCAGGUCUUUAGCCUCAUGCAGUCUUCAGAGGUUGAUGGAGAGAUAUUGCAGAAUAUCAAAACAGGAUUGCAGGCAGUAGAUAGAUGGGCUUCAACAGACUGUCCUGGGUAUAAGCCAUUUUUAACCGUCAUCAAGCCACAACUUCAAAAACUGAGUGAGAUAGCAGAGGAACAAGUGCAACCAGAAGCCUUUCAGCCUGUGAACCUUGCAAGAGUGACAGAACAAGCCAGUCCAAGAGGAGAAGACAACAAGAGUUCAGCUGGUCACAGUGCCAGUCCUCAAAGUGACACUGGCAGUAGUAUCACAGCGCGACAUGAUGAGGACAUACUUGGACUACAGGAGGAUGAAGAUCCGCUCCAGGAAAGUGGUUAUGACUGUACUGUGUCCUAACAACAUUGAAGACAUUGGCUGGUGUUAUUAAUAGAAAAGCACAGCUUUGUGAUAAUGGCAUUUAAGAGCAUUGCUUUUGGAGAAAAGUAAUCAAUGCCUUCAACAACAUUUAAACUCAAUUUGUUUUUUAUGCUAAUUUUUUAAAAAAAUACACACUGACUAAAGAACCUCCUUAAAUCUGUGAAUGCUUCCCAAUAAGCAGUCUUGGCUCUUUCCUUUAUAAAAUGGUUAUGCAGAAAGCAACAAUAUUAUAGUUUGCAUACAAAUAUAUUUUAUUUUAUAGAUCUGGUUGAGAUUCUCUCUUCUAUACCUCAGAUUUCUUCUUUUUGGUACUUAAUCAUGCAGAAGGACAUCUAUCCUAUAUCAGUGCACAAUAUCAUUGUUAGGUUCUUUUGGGAUGCAAAAUGUAACCUAAUGUUGAAGGGGAAAUUUUGAAUUAAUUAUUUGCCCCAGAAGAAUAAGGCAAUAUUUGGAGUGUGUCUGGUUUUCAUAUUGCCUUGUUUUUGAAACCCAAGUUUUAAAAAUUCAACAAUGAAGCUAGUUAGGCUGAAAACCUGGUACAUUCUGCCUAGUUUGCCUAGGGAAAUCAUGGCCUGAUGGAGCUAGGCUGUGUUUGUUCUGUAGAUUAUGCUGUUUGAUAUCACUAAGCUUUUGUAUGAACGAACUGUAAAAUACAUUGUACGUUUUGUGAAUACUCUUGUAUAUUCUUAAUGUUACUGUUUUAUGCUUUUGGUGCUCGUACAACAGUGGAGGGUGUCCCUCUCUAUCUUGCAUGUCUGGAUCAUUAACUCAGAAAAACUAAAAGCAAAGUUGCAUUUCCAACCAGAAGCGACAGACUUUGAUUGACUCUUUAUGAGUGAUAUCCGUUGUCAUUGUUCUAUUUCGAUGCAUUCUAAAGAAUUUAAAUUACUGAAGGUUCUUAUUUAUUUCACUUGUAAAUUCUUUUCUGAAAACUAGUUUUUAUGUAAAUAGAUCCACCUUAUAUAUUAGUACUACUACUACUACUACUAUUAAGGGUUCAUAAUGACAAUGUACAGUGUAUAUAUGUAAACGGCCACCUUGCAAAUAUUUUAUAAUGCAUACACCUGUAACUAAUUACAUUUAUUUUAACUUUAAUACAGCAAUGUUAUGAUUGCCUCGAGGUACCUUUUCCCCCUCUGCUGUUCCCAAUAUGUAUAAUGUUAAAUACCUGUAACAGUAUUAAAAUUUAAAUAUUGGUUAGUUUGUACUGUCCAAUUGAGGGGGGAAAUGCAACACUUCUAGUUUUUUAUACAAAAACUAACACUUAUUUUUAUAAAUGUGGGUAUAAUGAACAGUGACAUGGACCAAAAUCAUUUAUCAUAUGGGAGUAUAAACAUCAUUAUCUGGCAUAGCUCUGGUAGAGUUACUCAGUUUGUUAAUGCAAUUCCCUGUAUGAAUUUUGAACUGGUAAUGUAUUCUGAACAUUCAAAAGGGGCAAAAAAAAUUAUAUUGGUCAUAAAUUUGUAUAUUUCUCUAGAAGACAAGGUUAAAUGUCUUUUAAUGGAUACGUGUAACUAAAUAUGUUUUAUUGCUGUUGCUUAGCCCUUACCAUUGGUAAGACCAUUAGUACUGGUACAUGUGCAAUAACUUUAAAAUAAAAUGACAAAGGGUGGAAAUUA